AUGAUGACCUGUGAUACCGCCGGAACGGAGUUGUUCGUCCGCGACUACACCAAGACUUCGCUUCGGAUCGUCGUCCGCGAUGCCCGCCUCCGCGAGCACGAUCCGAUUCUCGGCAUCGUCGACUUGCCCCUCCAGAAAACCCUCGCACACUCUUCGCAGGUCACGCGCAUGUACUCGCUCCAGGGAGGCGUCGGAUGGGGCAAGGUCAACAUCUCGAUCCUCUUCAAGGCGCUUGCACAUGCCCGGCUAUCUUCCUGUGUUUCGGUUAGCUUCCUCGCUGGGUCACACGCUCGGCGCUCUUCGGAACCGGGAUCAACUCCCAAGGAUCGCUUCUCUUCCAAAGCUCGCUCGGAGACCUGCACCCUCGCGGUUGCCGGCUGA